GAUUUUAACUGAAGCGGACAGAGACAGAAGAUAUAUAUAUAUAUAUAUACAAUAAACAGAGUUUAAUCAAAAUCAUAGAUCAUAGAUAUGAUAUCGAGAAAGGUCAUUAAAAAGAUAUAUGCAGAUUUUGAGAAUGAAGGUGAUGGUGCUCUUGUUAGACGAGGCAUCACCAAGAGUGACCAAGAGUUGUUGGACCCGUUCGUCUCGCUAGUUGAAUUUUCCGUUUCACCUCCUGGUGGAUUCAAAGAUCAUCCUCACAGAGGUUUUGAAAGUGUUACAUACAUGUUGCAAGGAGGCAUCAUUCACCAAGACUUUAAUGGUAAUAAAGGUACAAUCCAUGAAGGAGAUGUUCAGUGGAUGACAGCAGGAAGAGGAAUCAUUCAUUCUGAAAUGCCUGAAGAACAAGUCAACAAGGGGUUACAGCUUUGGAUCAACCUCCCUUCCAGUGACAAAAUGAUCGAGCCUAAAAAUCUAGAUAUGUCGAGUUCAGAGAUUCCUAGAGCAGAUGAAUAUGGAGUAGAAGUCAAAGUCAUAGCUGGAGAGUCAAUGGGAGUCAAAUCUCCUUUCUACACAAAAACACCAAUCAUGUUCCUAGACUUUACUCUCGAUCCAAGAUCUCAAACCCACCAGACCGUUCCAGAGUCAUGGACCGCCUUUGCCUACAUUAUAGAAGGUGAUGAAGGCGUGUUUAGCUCCUCGGACUCUUCCACAGUACAAGCACAUAAUGUUGUGGUGUUUGGAACAGGGGAUGAAGUUAGCGUGUGGAACACGUCAAGCUCUAGAUCGUUGAGGUUCUUGUUGAUUGCAGGGGAACCGAUUGGCGAGCCUGUGGUUGAGCGUGGGCCAUUUGUGAUGAACUCACAGGCUGAGAUUGAUAUGACGAUUAGGGACUACCGCAAUGCCAAGAAUGGCUUUGAAAUGGCCAAGCAUUGGAGGUCAGAGUGAAGAGUUUGAAGCAACCAGAGAGACAAUUAUAUUUAGGUUUUCGUCUUUAUCUCACAUGGUUUUUUUAAACCUGGUAGAUCAUAUCAUUGUCAGGUAAUAAAAAACAUGCUACUGU